AUGCUUACCGAUGUUGAACCUUUGUCGGCAGCUCUUGCUCCAGCUUGUUCCUCUGUGCAUCUCUCAACCCAAGUCGACCAAUCCACCAAUUUGAAGGAAGUUCUUGCAAAGAAAAUCCCCGCACACAAUGCUAAAGUAAAGGAAUUCCGCCAACAGCACGGCUCUACAGUUCUUCAACAAAUCACAGUUGAUAUGAUUUACGGUGGAAUGCGUUCCAUGAAGGGUAUGGUUACGGAAACUUCG